AUGGCCAAUGAUGAGCAAUUUCCCGAGAGUUUAGCGUGGGUUGAGCGUGGAUCGGUUCUCAUACGUCGCAUGAACUCUGAACGUGUUGCAGAAGAUCCACGCGUACGUCGUUUAUUGCUUAAGUUAUUGCUACCUCCGUCUCCUACUGAAGUAAUGGCAACGGAAGCGAUUGCAGAAGAAAAUGCAGCAGCGGAAGAAGUAGAAGAAAAGAUGGCGGUGCAUCCGUCACUUUUACAGGAUACGCAGGACAGUUUUGAAGCUAUUGAAGUGGCAAAAGACGCUAAUGACGUCAAACAGGAGAGUGAGAAUGCAGCUUCUAAUACAUACCGAGUCUUGCUAUGGACUUAUCGACUACAGGUUUCUUUGCAAAGUGCAGUACAAUAUGCUUUAUUUGCAAAGACAAGUGAUGAUGGAUGUUUCAUUCAAAUAGCACCAAGAGUUUAUUGUGUGGCACCACCACAUAUCACAACCUUCAGUCGGUUGCUUGGAGCGUACUCGUCGGCACGCAAUUGGAAUGCGGCAGUAAAAGUGCUGGAGCUAUUGGAUUUACAAAUGACGAAAAGAUUUGAAGAUGAAGCGUGUGUGUUCGACUGUGGUUUGUUUGACGGAGUCAAGCGUAUGCAUCACAAACCAUUGGUGUUUGAUGAGUUUUGUGAUGGACGGAUUGCUUCUAUUUCGUAUCGCCGUGGCCCAAUUCCAUCAAUGCAUUCAGGGUUCAUAGUCACCUCGACCGUAGCUGCAUGGCUGGAUCUUAAACCCUCGAACGUUGCAAUUUUGCUCGCACCAAACAACGAGCAAAUGAGCGUGUUCGCAGCGUGCUGUACGCUCUACUGCACGGAUGCGUCUUCGUUCCCUGAAAACUUUGGAAACGAGCUGCUAAGUGCAUACUUGCAGCACAUUAAGAUGGCUGAAACGUGGCCUGCUAAGCUGCAACGAACGUUCAGCGGAAACGAUCCGAGAAACGCAGCAUAUACCGGUGGAUUACCAAGGCCUCAGGCGCGAUACAUUGCAGACUUUGGUAAAUUGCUGGAGGUGCGCGACAGGAAAUUAAUGGACUGCGCGGACUCUUCUGCGCUAGAGGAGAAGAAGCAGAAGCUCACGGGUAUCGCUGUUACACCGGCACCUCGACCAAUUUACAUCCGGCAAAUUGACUUGUUGUCGGGCCCAGAUUGUGCAACUGAUACUGCUAGUUCAACCCCUGCUACCAUAUCGCCACUAGCUGACAUCUGUCGGCCUUAUUUCGUCAUUCAAAACGAGAAGGGGGUUUUGUUUUCCAGCAUCGUGAAUGGAGUACGAGAUGUGGACCUCCAUUCUGGAGUACACAUAUUUCAGGUGGGAAGGCAAUUGCAAAACUGCAGUGAUCUGAUGUUCAAGAUGUACCAUUUGCCUUUCGGACGACAGGGUGAAUUGCUGUUUGAGUGCCGACUGCACGCCAGCAUCCUGUUAGAUCAGCAAGUUGUCGACGGAGAAGCUGGUAUUGAAGAAGGUGAUGUGGGGUUCACUACCCUGUACCUUGAAAAGGGCGAAUUUGACUGCAUUUCGUCGACGUUUUCACUACCUAAGCAGUUUGCGGUUCGAAUUCUGUACUCGCACAAUUCCAGCGCUUUUCCAGCCAUGGAGUCAUCUCUUCCUGUAAGGCAGAUGAAUGAGAUUAGCUCGGGUUUAACGGAGGCAGCUGAUCAUACGAACGGGGAUGCGGCCCAUGUUAGCUCCUUUGCCGAGCAGCAACGGCGCGCCAGUAGUGAGAAGGCUAUGCGGUACGAUGGUCCGAGCGCUGUCACCUUUUUGCUGGGGCAACCUGGUGUUCGGACACCAUUUGGAGAUCUUACCUUAGAGAAAAUUGAUGUGAUUCGGAAGACGCAUAGAAACCGAGUGGAUAUCUAUCUGCUCUUUCACGUGAAUGCUGGUCACGGCCAAACAAAAGUGAUGCCACUGCGGCAUUUGUUCCGUUUCGUGCUUCCCGACGUUGUUCGCAAACAAGUAGUCAUGAUGGGAGCGAGUGAAGUGUCACUGGAUGAGAACGUGCCUUCUUCCUUUGACAUGGGUGCAGGAAUAAUGCCUUUCGAUGAGGAGUAUGCACGAUGGCUGCAGCAUUUGUAUGAAACCGACCUGGAUACGCCGGGGAAUAACUAUGAUGACGAAUUUGUGAGAGGUAUUUUGGUCACCGACAUUCAUCCAAGCCUGGAUUAUCGGAUCGUAAGCAUUGAAACCGAUGUUGACGAGAGGUCCCUUUCCGUCCAAAACCAGCACGGCCAUCGCAAUCAAACAUCGAAAUUUCGUGGCGCAUCGACAUCGCUUAUUCAUCAACUCCCAACAUACAUCUUCAGCGCAGCAAAGGAGCACGAUGGUCAUGGCAUUCCUGAUUGUCUGAUAUGCCGCUGCAGCUUUGAGGUCGGUGAGGAGAUCAAGUCGUUGCCGUGCUUUCACUCGUAUCACUCCGAUUGCAUCGAUUUGUGGCUGUCUCUGAACAAGGUUUGUCCAGUUUGCCAGUUCAGCGUCGACCAACUUAGCUAA